AUGGAUUGGUUUCACUGUAACCGGUGUUUCCGAAAAGAUGGGGCCCAUUUCUUUGUCACCAGCUGCGGCCAUAUUUUCUGUAAGAAGUGUAUAACUCUGGAAAAAUGUCCUGUUUGUGGAACUGCCUGCAAGCAUUUGGCUCUUUCUGAUAAUCUGAAACGUCAGGAAAAGAUGUACUUCAAAAGACCUGUGGAGACAGCUUUGCAGCAUUUUAGUCACAUCUCUCAGGUGUGGAGUUUCCAGAAGAAACAAACAGAUCUCCUCAUCGCCUUUUACAAGCAUAGAAUUACAAAGUUAGAAGCAGCCAUGCAGGAGGCACAGCAAACAGUGACCAGCCAGAACAAAGAGCUGUCAGUCUUAAGGAAAGAGAAUGAAGAACUCAAGAAAUUUCUAGCCAUCCUGAAGGAAUCUCCAAGUUGGUACCAAGGAAGCAGGUCAACCACACCUCGACCAGUGGGCAUUACUUCCCCAUCACAGUCAGUUACUCCACGACCCAGUUCUCAGCAUAGCAGCCAAGUGGUCAGUCGGUCCUCCUCAGUGGAGUCUAUCCCUUCUAGAAUGGCUGGCUUUAGUAGCAUAGGACAAGAAGCCAGAAGCCUUCAGGGAAGGAGCACUCCCAGAGAUUCUUAUAGUGAAACCCCUUCACCAGCUUCUACUCACAGCCUAUCUUAUAGGACUUCAUCUGCCUCUUCUGCUGGGAUUUUUUCUUUCAGACCAUCCCUAAAUGGUGGGGAUUUGGGUCACACACAAGUACUCACCCCCAACAAUUCAGGUCAGAGGGAGAGUAGAGCCCCACUACAGAGUCUUCCUGGAUUCCAGCUACCAGACCUGCAGACUCUCUACCAACAAAGGCAGAUGGGAUUAGCCACGGGGAGAGAAGCAUGGACCACCCCCAGAUAGAUCAUCUUCAAGGUCUGAUCUAUACAUACUGCUGAAGGACAGAAGGUAGCAGCCAGCCCCAUUAAGCGAGAUGGCCUUAGGAAAUGCACCCCUGCCUCCUUUCCCGGUUUCACUUUGUAUUUUCAAUCUUCACCACAUACACCCUGCAUUACCUCGUUAGGGUAGUGCUUCAGGAAGAUGUUUACAUUUCUCCCACAACAUAGAGCUGUCUCGUUUCUACAACUUGAAACAAAUGUUGUAAAAAUAGUCCUUGGCAUCCUUGGGGGUGGGAGUAAUAUACUCAUUAGCUAUGUUUUAUUUCUGGAUUUCAUUUUUUAGCUUUGCAUAUAUUCUCCCAUAGCCAACUCUGUAACAAUUCUGUUCCCUGUCUUUAUUAUACUUGUUUGCCUGUUGUUUCCUCUAUGCCUAGUUAUUAAACAUGAUUUUCCUUUCUGUCUGAUAAUAGUUGGAGACAGACAUUCAGCUUACUAAAGUACAUAGAUUAUAAAAUGGUGGAACAGGUGAAGAACACUACCACUGAGGGCAAAUAUUUAUUCUUCUUUGGGCACAAGGGAAUAGAAAUAAGGAAUUACAUGGGUAAGCCACAAGCAGGCAGGCCUUAAGCAAAAAUAUUGAAAAAA